CUUUAGUUUACUAUAGGUACUUGUGCCGUGAAGCAUGUAUUGAUAAAUUCAAUAUUGAAUUAUUGAUAAAGCAGUGUGUAAUCAUAAAGCGAUUUUGUAAAAGGGUUUUCGGUUUGUUUGAGUUUCUGAUAUUGAAAGUUAAUGUUGAUUUUAUUUGUUUAAUCUUGGAUCCUCGAAUUAUAUGAGAUAACAUAUCAACGUGGUGCUAGCAGAUAUCGACGACUAUACAUUUCAAAAAAAAAAAAUACCAAAUAGGUUAAGAAAACUAAAUAAGAGUAAUGACAAUUAUUAUUGAGUCCUUUAGAUAAUUUUUACAAAACUAUAUAAUAAGGAAAUAUCAAAUGAGCAUAUCUAGUAGAAGUAUAAGGAUAUCAUCGGAGACCAUGGCGUGCGUCAGCUUGAGAAGUAGCCUGAGGAUACUGUGGACGGCGGUGGCGGCGCUCGUGUUCCUAACGAGGAGUAGCGCCGCGCCGACCUUCGGGGGAGCAGAUAAGGCGAUGAUGUACUUAGCGCAGUACGGGUACCUGAGUCCCUCAGUGAGGAAUCCGUCAAGUGGGCACAUCAUGGACGAAAGUUCGUGGCGCCGAGCAAUCGCCGAGUUCCAGAGCUUUGCCGGGUUAAACGCGACAGGUGAAUUAGAUGAAGAGACAACGAAAGUAAUGUCAUUGCCAAGGUGUGGCGUGCGAGACAAAGUAGGCUUCGGGGAGAGCCGAGCCAAGAGAUACGCGCUGCAGGGUUCAAGAUGGCGUGUGAAGAACCUCACCUACAAAAUCUCCAAAUACCCAUCUAAGCUGAACCGUGCUGAAGUCGACAAUGAACUUGCCAAAGCCUUCGCCGUGUGGUCUGACUACACGGACCUUACCUUCACACAGAAGCGGAGCGGACAAGUGCACAUCGAGAUCAGGUUCGAGAAGGGAGAACACGGAGACGGUGAUCCUUUCGACGGUCCUGGUGGCACUCUUGCCCACGCUUACUUCCCCGUGUACGGCGGCGACGCUCACUUCGAUGACGCUGAGAUGUGGUCCAUUAACUCGAGGAGGGGCACCAAUCUCUUCCAGGUCGCUGCGCACGAGUUCGGUCAUUCUCUAGGGUUGUCCCACAGUGAUGUCCGUUCAGCACUCAUGGCUCCUUUCUACAGAGGUUACGACCCUGCCUUCCAACUAGACCAAGAUGAUAUUCAAGGAAUUCAGGCUCUCUACGGACAUAAAACACAGACUGACAUCGGUGGGCCCUUGCCGGCAGCGCCAUCUAUCCCACGCGCCACUACACAGCAACCUUCUGCCGAAGACCCUGCACUCUGUGGUGACCCUAAGUUCGACACCAUUUUCAACUCUGCGGACGGUGGCACCUUCAUAUUCAAAGGUGAACAUUACUGGCGUCUUACCGAGGACGGCGUUGCAUCUGGAUACCCUCGUCUGAUCUCAAGGGCAUGGCCUGGUCUGCCCGGUAACAUCGAUGCUGCCUUCACUUACAAAAACGGCAAGACUUACUUCUUCAAGGGAUCCAAGUACUGGAGGUACAAUGGCCAGAAGAUGGACGGAGACUAUCCUAAAGAUAUUAGCGAAGGUUUCACUGGUAUCCCAGACAAUCUAGAUGCUGCCCUCGUCUGGUCUGGCAACGGCAAGAUCUACUUCUACAAGGGAUCCAAGUUCUGGCGCUUCGAUCCCUCUCAAAGGCCGCCUGUCAAGGCCACCUACCCUAAGCCUCUGUCCAACUGGGAGGGUAUUCCUGACAGUAUUGAUGCCGCUCUGCAGUACACUAAUGGAUACACGUACUUCUUUAAGGGUGGUUCAUACUGGCGGUUUAAUGACAGAACUUUCAGUGUCGACUCAGACAAUCCAGCGUUCCCGCGGUCGACGGCAUUCUGGUGGCUCGGCUGUAGUAGCGCGCCGAAAGGCACCGUAGGAGGUGUAAAAUCAUCCGCUCCCAGAUCAUUCUUCUGGUUCAGGAAAUAGCCUCGACGGAGUGUUCCUGAAUAUUGUACAUAGAGAAUUUACAUAAAGAACAAAGACUCAAUUAGUUACAUAAAUAUAAGAAUACCAGUGAGAUUAUAGAACAUAAGCGGUGAUUUUAGUACCGGCGAGCUUGUCGCGUGCUGACAUGGGUCGGAUUCGGGCGACAACAGCGGGCGCAGCAGCGCGAGCGCACGCGGCCUCAUGACGCCGCUGUCGCUGACUGCACUCGCGACGCUGGUGGCGCUAGCGAGCAGGGCGCUGCAGCCGCGCGCCUAGCGCCUGACGCGCAUCUAGCGCCCACUCCGCGCCUAGCGCCCGCCGUCGGCGCCCGCCGGCGCCCACCGCGCGGCCGCGACACUGACUGUGAUGGUGUACUGUGUGCCUGGACGCGUUCGGUAUAUUGUGUAUAGCGAAUGCGCUACUGUGAUGACGAGUGCGCCUUUUUAUACUGCGAGAACGAUAAUUUAAAGCGAAGUCAUAGUUUUUAUACUUAAGAUAAAUAGAUGAUGUAAGCUCGUGUGUGAUAUUGACGUAAGCGACGAUUUUUAUAUUAAAAUAUUUAAAGUGACCA